AUCCAGUACUACACCUGCGACGAAUGAAGGCAGUGCCAGGUUCCAGCAAAUGAUCUCGUUACGAUACAUCAACAGCGACACCUCCUCUUCUCUACAUCGAAAUGAUCUGUCCAUUACGCGCAAACCCCCCCUAUUAGCAAAAGCCCUCGGUCCUUGGCAAGGCUUCUUCUCCCGUCCAUUAUUUGAAUGGGCAGACUGGCAGAUUAUCUGGUGGGGGGAACGGCAGACAUCGCUUCCGCAAUGCAACGAAUCGCAACCGAAUCCGGGGGGCACAUGUGACUUCGUUUAAUGCUGGAACGCAUUCACGAUCCUCGACGCACAUUCUGCUUGUCGGCCAUCGAGAUGAUGCAUGGUUUCUUGUCGCUCGGGGAUGGAAGUCCAGAAGACUUCGCUCCCACGACUCCAUUCCUGCACAGUGCCGUCACUGCGGCUUACCUCCGUAUGCGCUGGCGCCAUGCACCCUCGCCGCCGGCGCGCGGGCUUCAGCAAGAACGUGGGCGUUCGCGUGUCAUGUGUCGUGUGGCUUUUCAAAAAAACAAACAUCUCAAUCCUCAUGCCUGCUGGGAAUACACGGAGUCCGAGACUCAGGCUGCACCGCUUGAUAUGGAAGAUGUGUGGGAUGUAGUGCACAUACCAGUCUAUUUCAUGGACCAAAUAGACGCAGUCGUGCAUCGCGACUUGGCUGCCCGAACAAGCUCAGGACUCAAGCUCUCCUGGGCAGGACAGAAGCAGGGGAUUCGUCUUGGCUAUGGCUUGUUUGCCGGCUUGUCAAACACCGCAUAGUACUACAGUAUGUAUGUCAUCACUUCCAUCUGCGACUUUUCUUUGCACAAUACUGGGCGCGGAGAGAAAGAAGGACGUUUCAUGCUGUGCUCUGCCAACGCAAUCGCUCGGUCGAUGGCUGGCAAAGAGACAUAGCUACUGCGCGACUAUCGGCUCUCCUCUGUCCUGACCUAACGGGCGGCACAGACAAUGGACGGAUCAGUCCUAAUCUUAUUCCCACGCCAGAUUCUCCCACCGCAAUUUCCGCGCAACCUCGUCCGUUGAUAUGUUUCGUCUCCAUGCGAUGACCACAACAUGGUAUGCAAAGCGAGCAGUGUAAGCGAAACAUCAACCUGCCCUGCAUGUGGAAUGAUGCGCAAAUCAAUCGCAUUUCAAAUAUUGCGAAGAUCGUGCGUUUCGAUGACGGCCACGCCCUGCAUCUAAUACGACGUCGAGUGUCAGUGCGAGUAGUUCAUGCGAAA